GUGUGUUUGUUAAGCCGCUUUUUCUUUUGUUUGGUUGUCUUGGUCAGAGGCUGUCAAAGUAUAAGGACAAAAUGCAAAAGACAAAUUGACAGAUUUUUUGCUGCCUUUUUCUGUUUAAUUUUCUUUCCAUUUUGGCCGCUUUUCCCUUCAUUGCCAUUUUAUUCUCUUUUAAUUCAUGGGCAUUUUGUCCAUUUUUCUUUUUUACUAUUUUGUCCAAUUUUAUUUUAUUGGCAUUUUGUCCCAUACUUGCUCAUUUUCCCCUUUUUCUUUUUUACCAUUAUGUAAUCUUUUGCGUGAUUGGCAUUUUGUCCCCUUUCAUUUUGCCCCUUUUUACUUCAUGGGCAUUUUGUCACUUUUUACUUCAUGGGCAUUUUGUCCUACCGGCUGUCAUUUAAUAUUUCGAAACCUCCCCUAUUUACUAGCCAUCCUUUAACUAACAUUUUGUUACUCUUAUAUAUUCUCGUUCUUUUACCAUCUGGCACUUCAAACAAUCAAUCAUUACACACACACACAAUCUCUCUUUUGCUAGUUUGCGCACUUUUGUGACAGAUGACAGCUUUCCUUGUCUCUCUCAAAGCUUUUCCUUGUCUUUUUCUUUUCUCUCUACUUAUUAGCUGUCUCUCUCCACUAACCUUUUCCUCAAUAAAAUUUUUAUUUUUUUCCAUUUUACUUUUAAAAAUUGUCAAAAGCCAUCGGCUGACUUUUCUUUUCUCCUUUAUAUAUUUUUCUUUUUAAUAUUAAAAAAAAUUUUUUUUUUUGAGAAAAUAGGUUGGUUGAAUAAAAUUAUUAUUUUAUUUUAUACGUAUCUUUUUAUUCUUUUAAUUAUUGAAAAAUAAAAUAGUCGACUGGCUGUUUAUUUUUAAUUAUUUAUUUUUCUUUUAAGAGACUGCGUGACUUUUUUUAGUGUUUAAUUAAUUAAUGAUUUUGGAUACAAAAAUCUGUUUUUUUUCUGUUCAUUAUUUUUAAAAAUCUUUUAAAAUGAAAAAUAAUUUUUGAUAGAUAGACUCGUUUCUCUUUUUUUUUUUUUUAAAUUUUUUUUUCGGUUUUAUUUUUUUUCUUGUUUGAUUAGUUAUUGAUUGAUAUGUCUCUCUCGAUCUUAUGAAUUGUUCAAUAAUUAUUUUUUUAUUUUUCUUUAAAUUCUCUCUUUUCGCUCUUAAAAAUUUAUUUUUGUUUAUUUUUAAUCCCAAAAUUAUUUUUUUCAUUCUUUACAUAUUUUAGAAAAAAAUUAAAAUUAUUUGCCACCGACCGGAGUCGAACCCACGCCCUCUAAACACCCUUACCCACCAAAACCUAGACGUUUCCGACUACACCAACAAUCAACCGGAACGUCUGAUUUGUUUAAAAAUGCUUUAACAUUAUUUCCGGAAAAUUUAAAAAUUAUUUUCCACCAACCGGAUUCGAACCUUCAUCCCUUACCCACCCAAAACCUAAACGUUUCCAACUACACCACAGAC